GCCAGCCAGCCGGAGGAAGGGGGAUCGGCCUUACGGCUCAUGGAGGAGGAGGAGGUUGUGGAGAGCGGCUUUCUGUGCUCGUCCGUCGUGGAGUAGAGAAGCAAACCCCGUGGCUUCCGGACACGCCGUGUAGAGAAGAAUAAAUAAAAAGCCGUCACGUCUCCCCCCCGCUCCACUUCUCAACGCCGCCACCACCUCCACCAAGCCAACCAAACCCCGCUCCCUCCUCCACCACCACCACUACUACCACCCCCAUUGUCUACGUUCUACGCACUCCGAUCAGCCGCGGCGAGCAGGGAGAGAAGAAUUAUCAACCAUCAUCAUCACCAUCAUCACCACCAUCAUCAUCAUCACCGUCGUCUUCCUCCUCCGGCUCGUCAGCUGUGCUGUGCAGUCGCCAUGCAGCCGAGGUUACGCACGUCUUGAAGCUCUUAUCUAUUGAUGGUCGCCGUCUCUUCUUCUACUGCUGCUGCUGCCGGAAGAUUAUAACGAGGUUUGGUAACCGGCGACGCUUAAGCGGCUACCCGGCACAACUUUGUCUCGUUUAUUCACUUGAUUUUGUUGUUGUCGACGAUUUUUGUUUUAAACUAGGAGAGGCUUAACCAGAGGAAUUCUCUCGAUGUGUUCGGUGUCGCAGAACUCUUUGAAUCGACGACCGAAGUAGCAGGCCGAGUAACAGAUUGCAUGUUGAUACAAAAGAGGAAAUUGAUGCAACAAUUGACGACAAUUGAACCCUUCCACCCAAUGUAUGUAGGAAUUGUCGCGAGGAUAAGUUCAAUUGCGAUUCGUAUGCCGUCACCGUGAAGAAUAAGAAGAACGUCACUUCAUUGUAACACAUUCUACAUUAACAACAGUGUUGCCAACAACAGAGCUGAUCGUUGUUUGUGCCCUCCUCCCCCCCACCACGAACUGCGCCUUGUUGUCUCUCGUGCCGUCUUCUCAAUUCGUCUCCUGGAGAUUCUGGGUAGGUGGAGGAGGAGGGGGCCUUUGUGCAUUUGAGUUGGCCGGAGAGAAUGGCUCUGACAUUGAGGUGGAGUUCCUCAACCACCCUCCUCCUCCACGGCUGCGAUUCGAGCUGCUCGGGUUUAAUUGUGUAGACAGAUCUUCUUCUCCAUACACGGCAGAGGAAGAGGAGAAGGAGGCCCCUUUUGUCGUCGUCGUCGUCGAAGCGAUGGGCGAACGAGCGAUUCCAUGAGUCAGGAGGUGGACAAAAGAAAGGCGAAGAUCGUCAUGGACGGAGUUGACCUCUCCGUGACAUUUGCCGUCGUGGCACGAGAAGGACAAUAAGCGAAUUCUCAGCCAAAUAUUCACAGGUCGCCCACGAAAGCGCAGCCAUGGACGAGUCAUCUCUGCUGGACCUUCUGGAGUGCCCAGUGUGUCUGGAGCGACUCGACUCUACGGCCAAGGUGCUGCCAUGUCAGCACACCUUCUGCAAGCGGUGCCUGCAGAGCAUCGUCUCGUCCCGGCAGGGUGAGCUUCGGUGUCCAGAGUGUCGGACCCUGGUGCGCUCCGCCGUCGACGAUCUUCCCUCAAACAUCCUCCUGCUUCGUCUCCUCGAUGGGAUCACGCGUGGAGGUCACGGCCCUCACAUCUCGCCGGGUCAGCCCGGAGUUGCUGCCGUGGUGCCAGCCAGGGUGAACAGGGCAGCCCGUUUGGCAGCAGCAGCCAUGGUGGCAGGGACACCGUUGUCCAGCAAUGGGGCUUUGCCGGCCCAGACCCUCAGCAGAAGUGCCGCCUCUGCUGCCAACAAGCAGUCCCUGCCCGUGGUGCCGUGCGCCCGGGCGCUCUACACCUACGAGGGCAAGGAGCCGGGCGACCUGCCCUUCAGCAAGGGGGACCUGGUGUUCCUUCGGCGGCGCAUCGACGACAGCUGGUACCACGGGGAGACGAGCGCCGGCGCUCAGGGUUUCUUCCCCGCAAGCUACGUGCAGGUGUUGAGGGCGCUGCCAACGCCGGCCGUACCGCUGCUGCUCCAGCCCGCGGCGACGCCGGCACCACCGGGGACGCCCACGGUGGGGGCCGCUCAGCCCCAGGCUCGUCCGGCCCCUCCCCCACAGUGCCGGGCGCUGUACGACUUCGCGGUGUCGGGCGGGGAGCAGGACAAGGACUGCCUCACCUUCAGCAAGGAUGAGGUGCUCACGGUCAUCCGGCGCGUGGAUGAGAACUGGGCCGAGGGGAUGCUCGGAGACAAAAUUGGAAUCUUCCCGAUCUCGUUUGUGGAGUUUAACACCAUGGCCAAGCUACUGCUCGGCCUCGAAUCGGCCAACAUCCACACGCUGGGCGAGGCGCUGGGCCAGCCUCAGCCGUCGACCUCCUCCGCAUCCUCCGCAUCCUCCUCCUCUUCUUCCUCUUCCUCCUCCGUCACCUCUUCGGCCGCCGCAGUCGCGUCGGCCACGGCGGGCGACGCCGGACGCAAGAACGCCAAGAAGCGCCACUCGUUCACGUCGCUCACCAUGUCGAACAAGGCGAGCGGGGCGGGCGCGCAGGCUCAGGCGGCGCACCAGCACCGGCACUCGUGCGACAUCAGCGCGCCCGUGCUCAUCUCGUCCAGCAACCCGGCCGCGGCGGCGCGCAUCGUGGCGGCCGCCACGGGGAACGGGCUGUCGUCAAGCGCCCCCUCCCAGAUUUACAUUGGGACGACGGGACUGAUCGUGACAACCGCCCCCACUAGCCCAGUUACCACGGUAGCGCCCGUCACCUUCCUCACAGAGGGGGCUCCUCCGUCUGGCCCCACGGAGGGACAGGCGCUACCCGCCGUGGUGUCCACCCCGGCCGUGGUCCCCGGGAUGCCGCUGCCGCGUCCCGCGCUGCCGUCGGCCGCCGGGACGACGGAGCCCGCGGUGCCUGUGCCAAGGCCGCCUCCGCAGCAGUACCCGCUCAUCCAGAUCUUCGUGGCGCUGUACCCGUACAAGCCGCAGAAGGCCGACGAGCUGGAGCUGCGCAAGGGCGAGAUGUACCGUGUCCUCGAGCGCUGCCAGGACGGGUGGUACAAGGGAUCGUCGCUCCGCACCGGCACAGCCGGCGUCUUCCCGGGGAACUACGUCGCGCCCGUCAACCGGGCGCCGCCGGUUCCCCAGCAGAAGCUGCCGCCCCCGGUCGGCUCCGCCAACUCGAGCUGCAGCACCAGCUGCACCAGCAGCAGGGCUGUCACGGUGACCGUCCCCAUCGCCACGGUGACGACCUCUCAGGCGAGCAACGGAGGCGGCCUCUCGGCGUGUCCCCUGGCCGCUCCGCCGACGAGCCCGCGGCUGGGCCCCGCGACCGCCACGAGGCACGUGGCCCAAGGACCAGCGCAGAACGGCGUGCGGCCAGCUCCAUCGUCGACGGACAAGCCCGUGGCGGCUGUGCCCCCCAUCCAGUCCCAGGGCGGCUCCCCGCGCCUCUCGGCGGCCUCGGCACGGCCCCAGCCGGCCGCGCCGCUCCCGGCGCCGGUCACCGCGCUGCCGCCGGCGCCGCCGUGCCCGUGCCCCUCGCUCUCCUCCGCCCUGGCGAGUGUCGCGUCCGCCAUCACCCCGCCCAACGUGAGCGCCGCCAGCCUCGACGAGCAGGCCGGACUCGGGGGCUCGGGCGUUUCGUCUGCGCCCGUCGCCUCCGCCGCCUCGGGAGGAGCGACGGCCGGCGGGAAGUCCGAGAAGGGCGAGAAGGACAAGAAGGAGCGCAAGAGCAGCUUCCUCAAGAUCCUGUCCAGCGCUUCGGCCAAGCGCAAGUCUCGCUCGCCUCCGCUCUCCGCCUCGCCGCCCCCUCCACAGUCAACCCACGAUGCCCAGCAGCCCGAAGCCCAUGCAAUGGGAGCUACUGCGGCGGCGGAGGUCGGAGGUCAUGGAAGGUCGCUGACCCCGCCGGUCGCCCCUCCCCCACGCCAACCGUGCUCAGCAAUGGCGCCCGUGAGGCCCGAAACGAAGCCGCUCCAGCGGGAACGGUACCGCGUGGUCGUCCCGUACCCACCGCAGAGCGACGUGGAGCUGGAGCUGAGAGAAGGGGACGUGGUCUUCGUCCAUCGCAAGCGGGACGACGGGUGGUACAAGGGCACGCUGCAGCGCAACGGCAAGACCGGCCUCUUCCCGGGCAGCUUCGUCGAAAGCUUCUGAAUUCCACAACCCGCCCAACAAAAACUUCGCCAUCUCGGUGCCCGCCACCGAGCAGCCCACUACCCCCGCCUGAACAAAAAAAAAAGAAACUUGUAAAAGCAGAAUUACUGAACGACUUUGAUAAACAAAUGCCUCCUGC